AUGGCGCCACUUGUUCCGCAGGCCGAGACUCUGAGGAGCUUCUUCAGCUCGUCAGUGGACGCCGCACCGUCCAAACCGACCCCAUACCAAGCUCGCCCGGAGUUGUACGGUGCCUUUUCCAUGGCGGACAACGCAAGGGACAGAGCGCCAACAAGAGGGUUAGCAAAGGCUAGCCCUACCGCUCAGGCCAAGACGGGACCGAUUGAGCCGUACUCUGGCAAAUACUAUGCCGCAUGUACCUUUGGAGGUCUCCUUGCUUGUGGUCUUACUCACACCGCCGUCACUCCCCUCGAUCUCGUCAAGACGCGGCGCCAGGUUGAUUCCAAGCUUUACACGUCCAACUUGCAAGCCUGGAAAAAGAUCUUUCGUGCCGAGGGCUUCCGUGGCAUCGUGACUGGCUGGAGUCCAACGCUUUUCGGCUACAGCGCGCAGGGGGCUUUCAAGUACGGAUGGUACGAGUACUUCAAGAAAACCUACAGCGACCUAGCGGGACCGGACGCAGCUCACAAGCACAAGACUGGCAUAUAUCUGGCUGCAUCCGCCUCGGCCGAGUUCCUCGCCGACAUUGCCCUGUGCCCCUUUGAGGCUGUCAAGGUGCGCAUGCAGGGCACCAUGCCCAACCCCUACACAGGGACCUUUCACGGCAUCAGCGCCGUCACUGGCAAGGAAGGCUGGGGGGGCCUGUAUAAGGGAUUGUAUCCUCUGUGGGGCCGCCAGAUUCCCUACACCAUGAUGAAGUUUGCCUCUUUCGAGACCAUUGUGGAAAUGAUCUACGACCGGCUCCCUGGGCAAAAGGACGAUUACAGCAAGGCCGCUCAGACCGGGGUGUCCUUCACUGGUGGCUACCUGGCCGGCAUCCUUUGCGCCAUCGUCUCCCACCCGGCAGACGUCAUGGUCAGCAAGCUCAAUGCGAACCGAGCGCCCGGCGAGGCCUUUGGCACGGCCUUGGGCCGCAUUUACAAGGAGAUUGGAUUUGGUGGGCUCUGGAAUGGGCUGCCCGUGCGAAUUGUCAUGAUUGGAACUCUGACUGGACUUCAGUGGAUGACAUACGAUUACUUCAAGAUUUUCAUGGGUCUUCCCACAACAGGCGGUGGUCCUCCCCCGGCGGGUGAGAAGAAGGCUCCAUCCUCUUAA